AAAGGAGCUUUUUUUUUUUAGAAAAUGAUUUUAUAGAAAAGAUUUUUCUGGUGGUGCAGAUCAUUCAUUUAGCGAUUUGUUAAAAUCCCCGUGAAGACCAUUUUUUUGCUAUUGUGGACUCGGGAAUUAGGCGUGAUGGAUACAAGCAGCCUGAUCCCUCACACGCAGACCCUGCUGAGAACCGAUCCCUUCUCCGGAAACUACAGCACUGUGGGGAGAGAGCUGGGCAGGGGAAAGUUUGCCGUAGUCAAAAAGUGCGUGGAACUAGAAACCGGCAAAGAAUAUGCUGCCAAGUUCCUGAGAAAACGCAGAAAAGGCCAAGACUGUCGUGGCGAGGUUGUCAAUGAGAUUGCCAUCUUGGAAAUGGCCAGGUUCUCUCCCUAUGUGGUGGAUCUCCAUGAGGUGUACGAGACGAAUAAUGAGAUUGUUCUAGUGAUGGAAUAUGCUGCGGGUGGAGAAAUAUUCAAUCAGUGUGUUGCAGACCAAGAUGAAGCUUUUACAGAGAAGGAUGUCAUCCGACUCAUACGCCAGAUUUUACAUGGAAUUUUAUACCUCCACAGAAACAAUGUUGUCCACCUGGACUUAAAGCCCCAAAAUAUUUUGCUCACAAGCAGUAACCCUCUGGGUGAUAUUCGGAUUGUUGACUUUGGACUAUCCAGACAAGUGGACAGUAUUAAAGAAGUGAGGGAGAUACUGGGAACACCAGAGUAUGUAGCUCCUGAGGUGUUGAACUAUGAACCAAUCAGCACUGCAACAGAUAUGUGGAGCAUUGGAGUGUUGACCUAUGUUAUGCUGACUGGCGAGUCGCCGUUUCUUGGAGAAACUAAACAGGAGACUUUCCUGAAUAUCUCCCAAGUGAAUGUAGAAUACUCACAAGAGGAAUUUGAAGGCAUCUCAGACCUGGCUAUAGAUUUCAUCAAGUCGCUUCUUGUUAAGAACCCCAGCAAUCGAACUCGCGCAGAUCAGUGUCUCACACACCCGUGGCUCUCACCUCACCCAGAGUCAAAGCCUUUAAAAGACAAGACCUUCGAGCAGAAUGAAAAUGAACUGAAGAGCUCUGAUACCACUGAGGAAAUUGUUCUCUUGGCCUCAUAUACCGUGCACUGCCCAUGCCGGGAAACCAUAGACACUGAAAUCAAGGGUGUGAGGAAACCCUUUACAGGUCUUCAGGAGAUACAACAAGAAGUUCUGUGUUGAAGGUCCUAAGAUCAUGGAUUUAAACCAAAGCAGGUUCGAUGUCAGUAAUGGUCAGAUUUAAAGCUCCCUGGUUUUUUUUUUACUUGCGCCAAGAAUAACAAGAAUUAAAUGUUUUUUUCCAUGACAUAUAAAAUAGUUGUAUUCCAACAUGAACAUGGCUGCUUCAUUAAUGUGGUGUAGUUGUCUAUAGACCUUUCACCUUGGCAUAUGUGGCAUUAUGUUGGCACUUUGCCUUUUUAAUGAAUCAGG